UUCACUGUGAUCCUGCUCCAUAGUAUGUCUACAGUCUGACGCCGCGCAGCUUCACGGCCAGAACGUUCCUCCACUUGGGUCAACGGGGCCUAAUAGAGCAGCGUCCUGUUUGGGUGCGUGUACGUUGAACGGGAGCGUAGAGCUGCACGUGGGAGGGAGGGAAGGAGGGAGGAGAGGAGGUGCCAUGUGCUUCCCGUCCACACGCCCGCCAUUCACCUCCCCGGGCUCCAGCGGGAUGGAGGUGCUGACUGCGGCUGCCUGCGCCGACAUCCACUGAGGACGACUCCAGAUCUGUUUCUGCUCCUAUUGUUCCGUCCCACGUCCAGCGGGAGUGUGUCAUCUACAGGAGAGAAAGGCGUCCAGGGAUGGAGUCGAUGUCCGGGCAGCUUCGCGAUGCGGGACGAGACGCCAGCUCCUCCCCGAGUUUAAAGCAGGACGCGCAGAGUUUUUCCAGCUCCCUUAAAGCGAACCAAGUGAGUGAGACCUCCCUGUACGGGGUGCCCAUCGUCUCUCUGGUCAUCGACGGGAAGGAGAGACUCUGCCUGGCGCAGAUUUCCAACACGCUGCUCAAAAACUACAGCUACAACGAGAUCCACAACCGCCGCGUCGCUCUGGGCAUCACGUGCGUGCAGUGCACCCCCGUCCAGCUGGAGCUGCUGCGCCGCGCCGGGGCCAUGCCCAUCUCCUCCCGGCGCUGCGGCAUGAUCACCAAGCGGGAGGCCGAGCGGCUGUGCAAGUCGUUCCUGGGGGCGCACAGCCCCCCGAAGCUGCCGGAAAACUUCGCAUUCGACGUGUGUCACGAGUGCGCGUGGGGCUGCAGAGGCAGCUUCAUACCGGCCAGAUACAACAGCUCGAGGGCGAAGUGCAUCAAAUGCACCUUCUGCAACAUGUACUUCUCCCCCAACAAAUUCAUUUUCCACUCACAUCGCACGCCAGAAUCCAAAUAUCUGCAGCCCGACGCGGCCAACUUCAACUCGUGGAGACGCCACCUGAAACUGACCGAAAAGAAGCCGUCAGAGGACAUAAACCACGCGUGGGAAGACGUGAAGGCCAUGUUCAACGGGGGCAGCAGGAAGAGGACUCUGCCCAUGAGCUCGGCACUGUCCUCCCCCACGAAGCCACAGGCCCCGGGGCGGCUGGCCCCAAGCCGCUCCCCCGAGCUCCCGCACAAGGCCCCGCGGUGCGACGACGCUGCGGGGAGUAACAGCGGGAACGUGGCGAGGGGCGCGCGCAGCUACCCGCUCAUCCCGGUGCCCAGCAAGGGCUUCGGCGUGCUGCACAAGAUCCCCCCGCCCCUGUUCCCCCACCACCCCUACGGCUUCCCCAGCUACGGCCUCUGCCACAAGAAGAGCGACGCUGCGGCGGACGCGGCCAAGAGCGCGUUCUGGCCCGGCGCGAAGGACAGCCUCUACCCCGCCUUCUCCAUGUUCUGGCCCGCGGCCGGCGGCCUCCCCGUGCCCCCGUACCCCGGCUCUCCACCCGCACUGCCCCCGGAGCCGCCGGGCGCCCGGCAGGGCGAGCUCGAGCCGUCGGACCAAAGUGACCGAGGCUCGAACCCUCCCAAGGAGCCGCACCUGCAGCAGGACUCCCAGUCCUCCCUGAGGAGCGACGAGGACAAGUCUGGGGACGAGACGCCUCAACGGAAAUUAAACUACGUUUCGGCCUUCAGACCUGUGGUCAAAGACGCGGAGAGCAUCGCCAAACUGUACGGCAACCGGGACGGCUACGCCGUGCGCCCCGGAUACCUGUCCCCGGACUUUAUCAGCGAGAGCUCCAGUUACAGGUCCAUGUCACCGGACAGGGACAGCGUGGGGGACGACGAGGACGACCCGGACGUGGAUGUGGAGUCAAACCGGGGACAAGACGAGGAGGAGUCGAUCCGGAUCUCCCCGGGGAGAGGGCACCAUGACCCCCCUCGGCUGGAGCGGGUCUCUGAGGAGACGCAGGACGUGCCCAGAGCAGCGGCAGCGGCAGCGGCAGCGGCACCGGCACCGGCAGCGGCACCGGCACCGGCACCGGCGCCCGCACCGGAGGACUGCGCGCACCCUGGGUCAUCAGAUGAGGACAGACACGUGCACAACGGCUCCCCUGCUCUCGAAGUGUACGACAAGCAGCGGCACGUGCACCUGAACGAGCCUCCGCCGCUCGCGGCCAAACAAUCCAGCAGCAGAGUCAUGAGUUCACAUCACAUGGCUGAGACACAGACGAACCGCAACCAGGACAGACAAGCCGAUGGAUCUUUACGCAUCGACAUCAGUCUGCACCAAAGGGACCUGGAGAACGUGGCUAAAGAAGAACUGCAGAAGCAACUUGCAGAACAAGUGGAACUGAGGAAAAAGCUGGAGCGAGAAUUCCAGCAUCUAAAAGAUAAUUUCCAGGAUCAAAUGAAGCGGGAGUUGUCCUACAGGGAGGAGAUGGUUCAGCAGCUGCACAUUGUCCGAGGUCGGUGUCUCCUCUGCAAAGCAGAUGCAGAUCAAAGUGGAAAAGCUCACGACGCUCUUCACCAUUUCUCCUGCAAGAUGCUGAGCCCUCGUCAGUGUGCCGGCGCCUGCAGCUUCAAGCCGCCCCUGCUGCCUCCGUAGAGCUCCACACAGCCAAACGCACACAAUGAGCCCAGAUCUGCCACCGGAGGAGAACUGAACUCUGAUCCACAGGAGAUCCAGAUCUGCCACCUCAAUCAAUGAUUGUCCAACUCAAGCUGCAAAACUCAAAGCGGAGCGUUUGUCUGAGUUCAAGCUCUUUAGCUGUUCUCAGAAGUAGAAGCACCACUAACUACAUAAACAUUUAUAUAAAUAUAUAUAUCUCUCUCUAUAUAUAUACAUAAAUCACGUUACGAUGUGCAAUGGCUUGUGUAACUGUGAACUUUGGUUCUGAUUUAGCUUCUGAGUUUCUACAUGUAUUUGUUAUUUCCUUCUCUUUAGGUUCGUGGCAUCACUGUAUUUGUUAUGAAGCACUUUAAUGGCUUUGACCAGGAUCAGCGGACGCAGACGUCAUGAACAGUUGGUUUGCUCUGUUUCAGGCUGUUUUCUAUCAUCACAUGUUCACAAAGACAAAACCAAAACAUUUUGCUAUGUGAUGUCUUUUUUAAGGACGACUGGCCUCUCACACGCUCUCUGGUUUGUUAUUAAAACACCUGGAGCGGCUCUUAAAUAGUCUCUGACACAGUUUACUCCUCAAUUCCUGUUUGUGUGUUGCAACAUGUCAAUAAAGAUGAAAAGCAGC